UGCUUGAUCGAUCGAUUUUGCCAUUUUCAGGGAGGAUCUUGGGGAUGAACGAAGCGCCGCCCACGUACAUUUCCUCGGGCAUCAACGGGAACUGCGACAACGCCGGCAUGACGUUCGCCGCGGGAGGCUCGGGUGUCUUCCCCGUGCCGCUCGGGGUGCCCAAGCUGAGCGACCAGCUGGACAACUUCGAGCGCCUCGUCGCCUCCGGCUGCAUCACCAAGGCCCAGAUCGACGCCUCCGUGGUCCUCAUCGCCGUCUCCGGCAACGACUACGACCGCGUUGGGGUGGCCCAGCCCAGCGCCUUCGGCGACGUCACGGUAUUCAUCAAGAACGUCACAUCCCAGAUCGCGGCGGCGGUCGACCGCCUCGAGAAGGUCGGCAUGAACAAGAUCCUCGUCAACAACCUCCACCCGGUCGGCUGCACGCCCGCCCAGACGGUGCCCAGCAAGUACGCGACGUGCGACGGCGCCGGCAACACGGCCUCCAAGACCCACAACGAGAACCUGCACCAGCUCCUCGCCGACAACGGCAACGUCAUGCUCCUCGACCUCUACGGUGCCUUCAUCGGCAUCGUCGACAAGGAGCACGCCGGCGACAAGGGGUCGGACCUGUCGCGGCAGUUCAAGAACAAGAAGACGCCGUGCUGCAUUGGCAACGACCCCACGGGCUUCUGUGGCCAGAUGAGCAGCGACGCGCAGAACCCCGUGGAACUCUACACGGUGUGCCCCAACCCGGAGAGGCACUUCUUCUGGGACGAGAUGAACCCCACGCAGGCUGGCUGGACCGCCGUCAUGACGCAACUCGAGGGGCCAAUCAGGCAGUUCAUCUGGCCCUCACAGUCCUAGACAUUAUUGUACUCAUCGAUCUUAGUGUAGUAAUUAGUUUCUCGU